CGACAUAACAGCGAAUAUUCUGAUUUCUGACUUUUAGUGUGAUAUUCAAGUUACAAAAAAUCUCUGUGAAAUACGAAAGAAGAAGAAAAAAAAUAGAUAAAAUAGUUUAAGUCGAAAAAAAAAAAAAUUAAUAAAUUUAAAUAUAGAUGACAUUUUGAAGAAAAUUUUGAAAAUACAUAAAGGAAAGUGCUUGUUUUUUGGAAAAUCAACAAAACAAAAAAGAUCAAAUAUGGCAGAAGAUUAUAGAAGCACAGUGAAAUUAAUUGUAAAAGCAUCAAAUCAACAAUUUGAAGAUCAAGUUGUUGAAUGUUCAUAUACUUGGUCAGUACUAAAUCUAAAGACACAUCUUUCUGAGAGUUAUCCUAGUAAACCAUCAAUUGCAGAGCAAAAAUUAAUUUAUGCUGGACAACUUUUAACCGACAAAUUAAUUUUACGUGAUAUUCUACGAAAUUAUGAUGAUAUAGAACCAACAAAUCAUAUAUUUCAUUUAGUAUAUACACCAAAACAGCGUCAAAUGACAUCACCAUCAUCUCAAUCAAAUACAUCGGAUUCUGCAACGAAUGAUAAUAAUAUAAAUAAUUUUCGAACAGAUGGUUUAAGGCAAAGAAAUGUUCAAAAUAUUCAAAAUAGUAACCAAGUUAAUAGUUCAACUGGAAAUGGCAACCCACAAACAAUUGGAAUUAAUCAAAUAGAGACAAAUAACUGCCCUCCGAUACCAACAUUUGGUUUCCCAAUUGGAACAACAAUUGGUGGUAUAGGUGCAGAACAAUUCAAUUCAAACAAUAUUAUUGCACAUCAAAUGGCAUUACAAACAUGGAUGCAACAAACAUAUGCUCAAUAUGUAAAUCAAUAUAUGAAUCAAUACAUGAGUCUUUAUGGCGCAAAUGAUACAUCUGCUUCUGCAACAUCCGGUGUUAGUAUGCCACAAUUUCCUUUUAUGCCAUACACCGCAUCAUCAAUACCUGUACCUAAUAUUCCAAAUACAGGAUCAGCUUCAACAGGUGUCACUGCAAAUAUCUUACCACAAACAUCGCAACCAACAAUCAGAAAUAAUCAACCGCAAAUUGCUAAUCAACCAAAUACUGGCAUUCAAGGAAAUGAUAACCCAGCACCACAAGCUCCCCAACAAGCAGCUGCUCCAAGAUUCCCACAAAUUGUACAAGAAGAACAAGAAAAUCGAGAUUGGCUAGAUACGUUUUAUUCGAUGAGUAGGCUUUUGGUUUUAUUAAUACUAGUAUAUUUUUAUUCCUCACCGUUAAGAUGUCUUGCCGUUCUAUUUUUGGGUGUAAUGAUAUAUCUGUAUCAUGUAGGAUUUUUCAGAAAUCACUUGAAUGUUGGAGCUGUUGAAGCAAAUAAUAAUGUACGCAAUAAUCGUAAUAAUAAUAAUCAACAACAAAAUCAACAACCUGAAGGUGCUCAAAGAAACGCUGCAGGAGUAGAUACACCAAAUGGAAACGAUGAAAAUAGUAAUGCGUCAUCUGAAAAUAAUGCAGAUGAUGGAACUUCAAAUAAUGUAGGGGGAGAAAAUCAAAAUGAUGGAACAUCUGUGAUUGCAUUUCUUAGAACUUUUGUAAUAUCAUUUUUAACAUCGAUCCUACCAGAAGCACCAACGUUAUAAAUUUUAAUUAUUUAUAUUAAAAAAAAAUAUCUUUUUGCUAUUUUAAAAUAAGGCAAAUGGUAACAAAAAAAUUAAAAAUAAUUUGUUGUUAAAUAGAAUAGUAGUACAUUUGUUUUCACAAAAAUUUUUAUUAUGCAUACUACUGUUAUUUUUCUAUUUUUUAUUUUUUGAAAAUUUAAAUACAGAGAUUUUUUAAUUUUCCAGUGGAUUUAUUUUUCGACUAGACUUGUGUACAUUAUUAUUGUAAUUUAUUAAUACUAUGUUAAUAUAAGAAUUAUUAUUAAUUUAAUCAAAUUAACAAUAAAUAUACGAAAAAGGAGAA